AUGCCUGGUGACGGUACCACAUCAGCAAGAGGACCGAAAGGUCCCUCCAUUCCAACAGAACCUUGCUUUCCCACAGGUCCAGCCGGACCAGCAGGUCCUGGGCUGCCUGGUUCUCCGGGAUUUGGUCCUAAACGUCCCGGUAGGCCUGGUGGACCAUCCACGCCGCCGCUACCAUCUGGUCCAGGCUGCCCUGGUUGA